UUCAUGCAUCAACACAAUACAUAUUCGCCUUAUAUAAUAUAUAGUAGAAUUUUAUUUUUCUAAUUCUCGUCUAGGUUUUUUGAUCAAUGGCGAGAGUUAAUGUUUACCUUUUUGCAUUUAUCUUUCUUUUGACUAUUACUAUGGGUUCCAUUGAAGGCCGAACACUCACCAAGUCCACCUUAACGACUUCUGAGGAAAUCGGAGCUGAUGGCUCUGUGUUGCUGUCACCACCGGCUGAGCCACUUGAGCCGCCGCCGAGCCACGGGGUUGAUACCUUCAGGCCCACGGCACCUGGACAUAGCCCCGGUAUUGGACAUUCCGUACACAAUUAACGGAGAAGGAAAUAGCAUGGUUUAUGAGACUAUAUAUUAAUGUUUUAUUUUAAAUAUUUUGCCCCUUGUUGAAAAUAGGAUUGGGCUGUGUUAUCAUUUUUUUUUUUUUUUUUCUGAAUAUGGAUUUUUAUAUCAUCUAUAUGUAUUUACGUACUGUUUCUUCAUAUUCAGUUUCUUGCAAGUGUGAUUCGAUCUGUGAUUGUAAUAAUUUUAGUUGAUUUAA